AUGUUUUACUUUGUACGAGUCUUAUAUUUAAAUUUAUUACUGUCCACAUCUACUGUUGAUAUUCUUAACGAAGACAUUAAAAAUCUUGAUAAUGAACUAGAACAGUUUAUAAACGACGAUUCUAACCCAAUUAUUAAUAAGAAUAAUAAUGACAAGUCUAAAGACAAUGAUAUAGAAUUUAUAAGAAAUAUUAUAAAAUCAGAGUCUUUUUUCAAUUUUUUAAUAAUAGACCUUUAUGAUGAUGCUUAUAAAAAAGAAAGGCUUGAUUGUUCUCUUGAAACACUCUUGUCAUUAAUUCAUCAAGAUAUUCUAUUAUUUAAUUUAUCUUACUCUAUUGUUAAGAAUGGAAAUUUUUACGCGGAUAAAGAAUUAAACACAUGUUUAGACUUUAUAAUUGAAAAAAGAGCUUUAAAAAGCAGAGUAAACGGAAAUUGCCUUAUUAAUAUUGAAAAAACGAUGCUUAUUAAUUAUUCUGCAAUUGUAUUAUGUUUGUUCAAGAAUAUAGAAACAUAUCUUAAUCAACAAAACUUUACAAAAGAGUUAAACAAAGUAACUAAAUUAGAACAUACUGAUUUACUAAAAGAAAAAGAGGAAUUUUGCAAGUUUUUAACUAAAAGUGUAAUGAAUGAUGUUUUAGUUAAUUACGUUAAAAAAUUUGAGAUUAAUCGUAGUUUAAUUUUUUUAACCGAAUCGUAUAAUAUUAACAACAACGAAAAAUUGAAUGUAUUAAAGUCUGAAGUUGAUAAAAUAUCAGAAACCUACAUUAAAUAUGUAAUUGAUCAGUGUAUUUAUAAUGAAAGAACAAAUAAUGAUUCAAUGUUAGAUGAUAUUGAGAAAAAUCACGACAGAAAGUUUCCUUAUGUAAUAAAACUUGAAGAUGAUUUAAGAAAAAAAUUAGCAGAUGGUUUUAAAAAUUUUAAAACAAAAUUAUCUAAUAAUUGUAAAAGUAAAUUCUUGAAUAUUAACACGAAAAUAACUAAUUUAAUUAAAACAAGUAAAAAGAAAGUUAAUAGUGUUAAUUUAAUAUUUGGUGGAUUUAAUUUGCUUAAGAAAAUAGUUAAAAUUGAAUCUAUUUUAAUAGAAAUUAAUAACAGUUUGGAUUAUGAAACUACUAACAUUUAUGAUAAUAUGGAGAUGUUUAAUUUAACUUUUAAUUUGAUAAGAUUGAUUAACUUUGUAUCUAUUGAAGAUUUGGAAUUUGAAUACAUGAAUAGAGAUUUUAAUAUUUUAAAAAUAAAAGUGAUCAAAAAUUGGAAAACAAUAAAUAAGAAACAGAAAGUUGGUAAUAAAACUGAUAUUCUGAAAGAAGAUGCUUUUAAAGUUGAAUAUGAUUGUUUUUUAAAAACUAAAAAUGAAAGUGAAGGAAUAAUUAAAACAAUUGAUUUAACGAUAAAAGCUUAUUUAAAUGAUGUUAAAAAAGGUAAAUUAAAUGGAUUAUCUAAAUCUAAGAAAGUGAAAAAAUCAUUAAAAAAUUGA